GGCAGAAAGUGGGCAAGGAGGCGAGCAGAAAAUAGCAACCCUCAGAUCCCGCGGGCCUGAGGGGCGAGAGCGGUGCGGGCUUUUUUUCUUCCCCCAGAACAACCCCAGAAAUGCUCCCCAGCCGAAGCGGAGCUGGCGGGAGGCGGAAAUUCCAUCAGCAUCCGCUGCGCUCGCUGCAUUCCAUCAGCCCAGCGAUACCCACGGGCGGUGGGAGCCGCUCCUUGCACAGAGCCCUCCUUGUCCGCCGGCCUUUGUGCAGCGCCCUGGCCGCCAGGUCCCUUCUGAGGGCGUGAGAAAAGCUCGGGGAUCGCUUUUCAGGAGAGAUCCCUGCGGACCUCCCCUUUGAAACGAGUGAAGCGGCCCCACUGUCCUCCUGUGUUGUCUGAAAACACGGCCACGGGUAUCGUUUCUUGAGGGCUUGGGUGUAGCUGGGAGUUUGGGCUCUUUUCCCGUGCUUUUGAGGCCACCGCAGAGUUUCCGCCGUGCCUAAAGUUGUGCUCGUAACAUCCCACCUCAGCCCUGCCCGGGGAUUUGGGAUCGCUUCUUCCCGUCGCCGGGGUUGAUCUGGAUGCGUCGCUGCCAGUGGCAACCUGACCUCUGAAUUUUUGUGGGCUUGUUGGAAAAUGAGACCCCGAGGCUCAGCAUCGUCCUGCGGAAGCAGCUCUGUCCCGAUGGCCGUGGAUGUGGGGAAGUCACCUUCUGAAGAGUCGCUGAGCGGGAAGGCCGGGGGCGACGGGAGGUGGGACACUGCGGACACGGAGACGGAGUUCCCGGAGCUGGCAGGGAGCCGGCACCGGCUUUUGGGGACAGAGGGAGCCAAGCCCAGCCUGCAGGGGACAGAGAGCGUGGCAGUGAGCAGACACAGUCACACGGCCACUGGCGUCACCCAGGGAGGCUCCGGCUGCCGCCCAGAAGUGUCUCCAGCAGCCGCACCUGGAUUUCCCAGAGCAAGAGCGAACCCCUCGGGGAAGGAGGUGCUGGUGGAAAGAGCUCCUGAUGGUCAUGGAGUUGGCCACUGUUUCCUCUCCUCAGAACAGCAGGUGAAGGCAUUGGGCAGUUGGCACCCGCUCUCCAGCCCUCCCAGCUGGUGCAGCUCUGCCGAGGAGAACAUCCUUGCUGGCAGCCGUCACGAUGCCCACGUUGGCCGUCGGAGGCAGAGUCCGGGAACUUCCACCCCGUGUCCUUCCACCCCGGAGCUCCUGCGGCCCCAAACCCCGCCCAGCCCCGAGCGCGCCCCGCGGAGCCGCUCGGUGCGGAGCCUCUCCGCCCCGUCCUCUGAAGGGAACGGCCCCUCCGAGGAGCCAUCCGGGAGCCUGCCGGGCAGCACGGAUGUCCCUUCUGCGGCCACCACGGCUGCCCAGGAGCUGUGCUGCCGGUGGGGAGCGGAAGGCAGGGCCCUGCAGAGGCUGGAGCCCCCGGGAUCUCUGCUCGGUUACCGCGGCACCGUGGGGCGCGUCCGGGAGAUCUCCUCCUACCAAGCCGAUUACUGGGCCUGUGCCAUUCCGGAUUCACUGCCGCCGUCUCCGGACCGCAGCUCACCCCGCUGGAACCCCAACAAAGAGUACGAGGAGUUGCUGGACUAUGCUUACCCACUGAAGCCAAGGUACAAGCUGGGAAGGAUGCCGGAGCCUUUCCUCCAUGACUCGGGGAUAGAUCUGGACAGCUUUUCUGCUUCUCCUGAGGGCACGUCCAGCAUCUACAGCCGAGCUGGGCAGGCUCGGGGAAGCAGAGAAAACGGACUUUGGGAGUUUGUGGCCUCUGCAGAGAGAUUCUCCACCCCCAGGUCUGGAAAAAGAGGCUGCUCAGGAGCUGGCUCGUACUACGAACCUUUACCUAUUGCCAAAGCAUCGUUUGCAAGGGCUGCCUCCUCUCAUCCUUCCAGAGGUUUUGCUAAAGAUGUAAAGGUGGAAUCAUCUGGGCCAAGCUCACCUGGGCGCCCUGCUGCCGACGGGAGGAGCUGGGAUACCAGAGGAAGCCCCUGUCCAAAGGACACAGGGCAGGUGAAAAGCACCAGUAGGUGCUUACCCACCACAGGGGUGCUCCCCCUGAGGAAGGAGUGGGAGGGUGAUGAAGAAUUUCUUUCCCUGCCUCCGAGACUGCGGGAGCUGGAAAGGCUGGCUCAGUUUUUGUCCAAUCUUUCCUUAACUAUAAGGAUGCCCGGGCACGACCACCAGAACCUUCCACAUCACAGCGCCAGCAAGCAACCCCUUUCAUCCAGGUUGGCUCCUCUUGGAGAAGUGAGAGGCGGGGAUGACGGAGGGAAUACUGAGGGUUAUGCUGGGCUGUGGCAACACCGCAGCUCCCGAAAGCCCAGCUGGGAAAACACGGAAUCAGACGGCUGGUUCCAUAGGGAUCCUCCCCGGGGGCUUCAUCUACCAGCUGCUCUCAGGGACACGUUGGAUGGGAUGUGCCUAAAGGAACCACGGGUCAAGGGGCGUCCACAGAAGAGCCAGCAGAGCGAGUCCCUCAUCCAGUGUGUUCAGAUGUUUUGCUGCCAGCUGGAAGAGCUGAUCCGUUGGCUCUACACCGUGGUGGAUGUCACCGGCGGCUGGGUGCCGCCCUCGCCGGACGCCCGGAGCGUGUCGGCGUCGCUGCGCCGCUACCUGGAGUUCAGGAGGGAUGUGGCCGACCACCGGAGCCUGACCGAGAGCGUGCUGGAGAGGGGAGAAGCUCUCCUGGACUGCAUGGCAUCGAAUUCACCAGCUCUGAAAGACACGCUGGGUCUGAUUGCCAAGCAGUCAGAAGAGCUGGAGAACCACGCAGAGCACCUGUACAAGUCCAUCCUGGCCGCUGUGGGCGCCGUGGGGCAGGACAAGGCGGGUGCAGCACACGGCUGCUCCCUGGGUGCUGCCUCUGUCAGACCCAGGCUGCGUUAGCCCGUCUCAGGAGGGCUGAGAAGAAUUGCAGCAGGCACCAGACCCCCUCCAUCACCUCUCCAGAGAUGCCAAAAUCUGUCUCCAGUUUGGGUUUGUGUGGGUUUGUGCCAUGGAUUGAGAAAGGUGUGCUGGGAUGUCCAGAGUUGUGUAAGGAAUGUACAGCUGGCCUUUUCUGGUUUGUUUUUUUAACAUUGCUUCUUCCCUUUUUUUUUAAUUGAAGUGGGCUGUUCUGUUGUUAGUAAAAUGUCAGGAAGAGUUUUUUUAACUGAGCAGUCCGAGGUGUGCCGUGAGCUCGUUAAGUAAAGCCGUGUGAUUUUAA